UGAAGAGAACGUGAGGAACGAUUUCAUUUGCAGAUGGAGCAAUUUGUGAUCUUGAACGUAACCCUGGAGGACUUCAAUACCCACAAUGCACCAGUGUAGGACGGUGAAAAAAAAGCAGUUCAUGUCCAAGGUUCAAGUUGAUUUUACCAACUAAAAACAAACUUCUACUGUGCAAGGGCAUAAACAGCAUGGCAGGUCCAAAAAGAAAAGCUGAGCUGCUUCCCGAGGAUAUUGGAACAGAUGACUGCUUGACUUCGUACACACACAUCUACAGUCCUGAUUUACUAAAAGAUCAAGUUGCUUUUGUCACAGGAGGUGGAUCUGGAAUUGGACUGCGUAUAGCUGAGAUCUUCAUGAGGCAUGGCUGUGACACAGUGAUUGCCAGCAGGAAUUUGGACAAGCUCAAAGAGGCAGCAAAGAAGCUGUCUGCUGCUUCAGGACGGCGCUGCCUUCCUUUGUGUAUUGAUGUGAGACAACCUGAGAGCAUCAGUGCUGCUGUGGAUGAGACACUGAAAGAGUUUGGCCGCAUAGACAUCCUUAUCAACAAUGCUGCAGGAAACUUCCUGUGCCCUGCUUCUGCACUCUCCUUCAAUGCCUUUAAAACUGUCAUUGAGAUUGACACCAUGGGUACAUUCAACACCAGCAAAGUGGUUUAUGACAAAUGGUUCAAGGAUCAUGGUGGAAACAUAGUAAACAUUUCUGCAACGCUUCCAUACAGAGGACAGGCCCUCCAGGUGCAUGCUGGCUCUGCAAAGGCAGCAAAUGAUGCUAUGACCAAGCAUCUGGCUGUCGAGUGGGGGCCCAAUGGAGUGAGAGUUAAUGCUGUGGCUCCAGGGCCAAUCUCUGGAACAGAGGGCUACCGCAGACUGGGUGGUACUAAAGCAGAAGCUGUUGGUACCUUUCAGUCAAUUCCUUUGCAGCGAGCUGGCAACAAAACAGAAAUGGCCCACUGCACUCUCUUCCUGGCCAGCCGAGCAUCAUCUUAUAUGACUGGGGCCAUCCUGGUGUCAGAUGGGGGAGCAUGGCUGACAUCGCCCAAUGAUGUCUCUACACUGUUGGGUAUAGCCUCCUCUAAAUCUGCUAAGCUCUGAACAAGGGCUCUCCUGUCCUCCUCCUGACUCAGGCUAUUGGUCACCAACAAACAAAUGAACAGGAAAUUUUAGCUGCUAUCUGGAGUACUGAUGAGCUAUAUGUACAAUAAUUAUAGUCACUAAUUUCAUCCUAUGUUAAGUGGCUGGUAUCCUAAAACACUAACAUUCUAGAUUUAAUGCAUAGUAUUAAUCUGUUAGUCAGUAAUUGAAUUCAAAAAUGUUUUAUCUGUUCCAGUGGUCAGUAUUAUAAAGCAUUUUACAUAUUGUCAUGUCUAUUUUGUGACAUUAUGUUUUAAUUUUUCAUUUUUUAAUAAACCUUUACUAUCAUAUCUAA